UGUGUAGCCAUGGAUACGGUUGAGGCUUUCAGUAGCGGUAGGCUAAGUCUGUGGUCUGUGCUGCUGGAAAAAUAUGAUUAUUUCUUUAAGCAAACUAGUUUUACAGUCCACAAUAACACGACUAUCGUGUAUCGUGUCCGACCAAGAGGACGCAGGUGUGCUGGUUUGUUGAGCACUGAAACGAGCCCAGAAGAGGAGGAAUGAGCCCGGCUUUAAACAGUAAACAGGCCCUCGUUUGUUAGUUAGCUAGCCCGGAGGAAAGUCAUGGGCAAAGAAUAAUUACUGUCAAAAUGAAGUUUGUUCUCAUUUAACCUCUUAGUUUUCUCAGCAUCCGAAUGGCUUCUAACCCCUACGACGAAGUUCAGCUCAACAAGAAACACGAGGAGAUUAGUGUUGCUUGAGAAAUCAGGUGACCACAACACAACCUCCAGAGAGUCCUGCCUAGUUUCACAGAUAUUUGGUUUGGGGAGAAGAGCUGUUUUACUGCAACAGAUGGAGAUUUGCUAUGAACAGCAGAAAGCUAAGAAAAAGAAGCAGGGCAUGAUGUCAGAAGCGGCACAUGAAAGAAACGUGAAAUUAUUGGAGGAUUUCCAGAAAGUAGAAAACUGUCUUCGAGCACGACCACUCCUGCAUCCUGAUGUCCUUAAUCUUCAGACUCGUUACUGGGCCUCUGUGGAACGGGACCUUCCGGAAUGGGAGAACUACUUGCUGGGGAAGGGUCCAGCACCCGUGACUGAAGGGGGACAAUUGCGAGGACUCCAGGUACAGAAAGACACUCGGCAAGACUCCUCACCUGCACGGAACAAGGGCAAGCCCCCUCGGCCCAAACCCAGAACUGAUGUGUGACAAAGCCUAUAGCGCUAGUCUGUCCCAGAGGAGGGGAGUUGUCUGCUGAAGCCUCAUACACUUAUGAAUUUGAGAUGCACAAACCAUGAUAACCGGGGUGGAUUAAUGAAGAGUCGUUAGACAAAUAGCCACACAAUAUUCAUAUUGCUUGGAAUUUUGGACAUUUUGUAUAUAUUUUUUUAGUUUGUUGUUUUCCAGUAUUUGUAACAGUUGAGUUGGACAUACCCCCUGCACACAUGUGGUUUCUUGCAUGACUCAUUUUUCCAUUGGAAACAUUGCUUUCUCAGUAAUUCAGUGAAAAAGCAAUUUAUGCUGCAGUACUUAGCAGCUGAUUUUUGUAUAUCAGGAAUAAACGUCACAGUCUAAUAUACUAAAAUAUGCUGCUGAGAAUAUUACGGUGUGGCAACAAGGAAAUCUAUUUACAGCCACAGACUACGCCUGUGCUGACCGAGCUGUUAGAUGUUAGAUAACGUGGAUAAAUUAAUAAUUUAUUGAUAUUUACAAAUAUAAUGAUGUUAAAUUUAUGUUCCACACCUGUCUAAUAAACUGCCAAAAAUGGUGUACAGAGCUGUCCUAGUAGCAGAUAGCAGUAAACUCCUUGGAACCACUUGUUUGCUUCGUCUUAUUGUUCAUAACUUUCAUAUUUCAUAAGAUACAUUCAAAAGGUGGGUGUUGUAUGAGGCUCUAACUGUCUUCCUUCCAGUCAAAUAAAUGGGUGAUGUAAUUUUAAACCCUCAUAAUAAAAGAAGCUGAAUUCACAGUU